CCAAUAGGAGAGCGGCAGCCGCGGCUGGCGCCUGCUGCGUCGCUUCCUGCUCCCCGGUGCCCGCCCGUCCCGCGCGUCGGGCGGCCUCGCUCGCGGAAUUAUGGAUCCAAGCCUGCUAAAGGAACGAGAGCUAUUCAAAAAACGAGCGCUCUCCACUCCUGCUGUAGAAAAGCGUGCAGCACCCUCGUCUGAGUCUACAUCUUCCAAAAAGAAAAAAGCCAAACUAGAGCAGGGUGGAUCAUCAGGCUCAAAACAAAACACAGACCACAGCAAUGGGUCAUUUAACUUGAAAGCCCUUUCAGGAGGCUCUGGCUACAAGUUUGGAGUCCUUGCUAAGAUAGUGAAUUAUAUGAAGACGCGGCACCAGCGUGGUGAUACACAUCCAUUAACUCUAGAAGAAAUUUUGGAUGAAACGCAACACUUAGAUAUUGGACUCAGGCAGAAACAAUGGUUAAUGAGUGAGGCUCUAGUCAGCAAUCCCAAAAUAGAAGUUAUAGAUGGGAAAUAUGCUUUCAAACCUAAGUACAAUUUGAAAGAUAAAAAGGCUCUGCUCAGACUCUUGGACAAGCAUGACCAGCGAGGACUGGGAGGAAUCCUUCUGGAAGAUAUUGAGGAAGGACUACCCAAUGCACAGAAAGCCAUAAAGGCUUUAGGGGACCAGAUCACCUUUAUUACUCGUCCUGAUAAGAAAAAAAUCCUUUUCUACAAUGACAAGAGCUGUCAGUUUACAGUAGAUGAAGAAUUUCAGAAGCUGUGGAGGAGCAUUCCUGUGGAUUCUAUGGAUGAGGAGAAAAUAGAAGAGUAUCUGAAACGACAGGGUAUUUCUUCCAUGCAGGAAGCUGGACCAAAGAAAAUAGCUCCUAUUCAGAGGAGGAAGAAACCUGCUUCUCAGAAGAAACGGCGGUUUAAGACUCACAAUGACCAUUUGGCUGGAGUACUGAAGGAUUACUCAGAUGUUGUUCCUGGCAAGCAGUGAAGUUUGGUUCUGGAACAAACAUGCUUUUUUAUACAGGCUCUUCGUUGCUGGAGUUCAAUGUUUGCUUGAAGACUGACUGUAUAUAGUAAUGUGAUGUGUCCCCAUCCCUGCAACCGUCAAGCUGAAACAGUUCUGUUUAAGAGCAAGUACAAAUUACCAAAUGUAGAGUUUUAUUUUAAUUUAAUUAGCUAACGAGAACUGUGACUUUGUAAGAGGUCUGGAAGGACAGCCUCUUGCCACUAGCGGGUAAAAGACGCGGAGCAUGUUAACCUAGAGCUCCUGGUAAUGCUUCACUGUGCUUCUCAAUGAUUUAAAGGGGAUUUUUCUCAUAUUGCUUUAGAGUUUGCAGGUUUGCAGGUAGAGGUGAAUACAGUAUUUAUUUGAUUUGUUCCAAGAGAACAUACAUCAUUGCAGGAGCAUUUGUUUAAAGAGGCAAGUGCAUUCACAGUGUGUAUAUUUCUUCUUUGCUUUGCCAUUGAGCUUUAAUGAAAGUUGAUGUGGUCUGAGGCUUUGGCAUGGAAAUACACCAGCAGAAUUCCCAUCAGGCUGCGUGCUGGAAAUGGGGCUGCAGCCUCACAAUGCUAACCAGAAAUUGCCCUCGGGAUACAGCUGAUGACAUUGUGGUGGAGGCACAUGCAUUGCAGAAUUCUGUGUUAUGGGUUAAAAGGGUCAGACGAGAAAUACAAUGACAAUGUAUUACUAAAAGGGACAGGUGUUUUUUAAAAAUAAAUCCUAUAAAGCUGG